AUGUUUAAAAGAUCAGCUCUCGAUUUGUGGAAGGAAGAGGAGAACCGAACCGGGCUGGUGAUGUUCUGCAAAGAUUUGGAUCUUGCGCUCGGUAGUGGCAUUUCCGAGGGCAUGAUCACUGAAUUGUGCGGACCUCCCGGUAGUGGGAAAACACAACUGUGCUUGCAGCUUUCGGUAAACGUACAAAUACCUCGACAGCUCGGAGGCUUGCAAGGACGAGCUGCUUAUCUGGAUACUAAUUACGGAUUUUGCCCGCAGCGAGUGCGAGAUAAACACUAAUAUUUUGUUACAGAAAUGGCCCAAGCAUGCCAUACCCAUUGUACGAACAUUGCGCUACUGCACAAACUUAAUCCGGACGAAAUAAUGGCCGGCUUUUCGGAAGCGACCGCUCUAGAUGGUAUCCUCUAUUCACACGUGACAAAUUGUACGCAAAUUCUGGAAGCAAUAGCCAUCCUGCAGAACAAACUUUACGACGGUGAGAAGAUUAAACUGAUCAUACUUGAUUCACUUUCGUUUCUCAUACGGAAUACGAUCACACGCUCGAUGAAGCGCGUCAAGCGGCUCCACGAAAUACUUACCCCGUUGCAUAAACUCGCCUAUAAAUUCGGUUGUGUGGUUAUUGUUACGAACGACGUGACGACACGCAUUUCGGAUUCGGACUCAUUCGAACGUACGGAAACACCACAGAUAGUGGCCGCACUGGGUGGCAGCCAUACGCACAAGAUUAAUCAACGAAUACUUCUCGGGCGAGAUGAAAGUAACUACGAUUCCCAUACUCAACACCAACCAAACUAUGUGGCGUCCAUAGAAAAGGGACACUUUCUGCCACACAUUGCGGUACCGUUUCGUAUCGAGACGGCGGGCAUUAGAGGUAUCAGCAAGCGAGAAGUUUAAAAGCAACGGAUAAACGAUUCCACAAAAGAGCAUGAGAAACAUUUAUUAAUGCACUGGGUGAGUGAACUUAAGCUAUCAAACCGGUGCAGACCCUGAAACAUUGCAGAGAUGAAUCUCCUAAAACAGGCAACCUUGCGAGCGUACCACAACAUGAUUCAAUAGGCUGUUAGAGUGACCAACACAUCACGAUAGUCACCACUCAGAUCGUCCUGCAAGGAAUAAAUGUUCGAUCAACAAACGAUUUGGUGCUGUGUGGUGCACAUGAAAUUGCGGGCAAGGAGCCAAUCGACGUAAAGGUUGCACUUAGAACGAGGCCAAUGUAGCCAGGAGGUCGCCAAGAUCCCCUCCGACAUCCUCCUGCGAAAGAGAUGGACGGUUUUUUGGGCCCAAAAACAACAGACAUGAGAAAACGGGGAAUACCUGUAUACCUGUAA